AUGAAAGAAAAACGUGCCUUGACGAAUAUAGGAAAAAAAGCGAUUACUCAAGCUAGUUAUCGGCGUAAUAAAAAGCAAAAAAGAUUGAAAGAACAAGCAAUCAGAUCAUUAUCAUCAUCAUCAACGAAAAAAGAUCUAAGAAAAAAAGAAGGUCAACGUCGUCGUCGUCGAACAAAUAUCAAUAAAUUAAAAAAUGAAAACAUGAAACUCCGCAAAAGAAUAUUUGAUCUAGAACAAGAAGUGAACCAAUUUAAUUUACUAUUACCGAUUAUAAAUGAACCUUUAUCACCAGAAACAUCAACACCAUCUCCGACAAAAGUCUUGAUAUCGAGUUUAAAUCCAACAGCUAAAAAGCGAGCAACUUUACGGAUGAUAAACGAAAAGAAAAAUCUUCCACGUGGUACAAUAUCAGCUGUUCGACGGAAGUUUGGUAUUAAUUUAUCAAAUCAAUAUACACCUCCUUCAUCAACACCUUCUCAACUUGAAGAAAAAAUUAGAGAUUUUAUGUGCAGAGAUGAUAUAUCGAAAUUAUGUCCAGAUAGAAAAAAGACAAUAAAUCAUCAACAAAUACGAUAUCGAUUGAACCACUUAACAGUUCUUUAUCAACAAUUUGAAAUAGAAACAAAAAUUGAUGUUGAUUAUCAUACAUUCUUACGCUAUGUACCUUCAAUUGUUGUUAAACCAAAAGUUGAUGAUUGGGGUACAUGUCUAUGUAUUAUUUGUAUAAAUCCACAGAUAAAAUUCGACAAAUUAAACCAACUAAAAUCAACAAAACCAAUCAUCAAACAAUUAUUAAAUUCCAUGUCGGUUGAUCUGAACGAAGUAUUAAAUAAUCAACAAACAAUCAUACAAUUGAAAGACGCUUUACAUCAACUAAAACGUGAAAAAUUUAGCUUGACUUAUAUAGCAUCAAUUGAAGACUUUGUAGGACAAUUUUCUUUCGAAACUGAAAAACUUGAACAACAUUUACAACGUGUGCAUCAACAACUCAAGGCUACUAAACAAGCAAAAGUUGAUGCCCAACAAUCACUUGAUACAGCAACAAUAUAA